CGAGCCAUGAUGAAGACCUUGUCCAGCGGGAAUUGCACUCUCAGCGUGCCCGCCAAGAACUCCUACCGGAUGGUGGUGCUGGGUGCCUCCCGUGUGGGCAAGAGCUCUAUCGUUUCCCGCUUCCUCAAUGGCCGCUUUGAGGACCAGUACACGCCCACCAUCGAGGACUUCCAUCGAAAGGUGUACAACAUCCACGGGGACAUGUACCAGCUGGACAUCCUGGACACCUCUGGCAACCACCCGUUCCCUGCCAUGCGUAGGCUGUCCAUCCUCACAGGAGAUGUCUUCAUCCUGGUGUUCAGCCUAGAUAGCCGGGAGUCCUUCGAUGAGGUCAAGCGCCUCCAGAAGCAGAUCCUUGAGGUCAAGUCCUGCCUGAAGAAUAAGACCAAGGAGGCAGCAGAGCUUCCCAUGGUGAUCUGUGGGAACAAGAAUGACCACAGUGAGCUCUGCCGCCAGGUCACCGCCAUGGAGGCUGAGCUGCUGGUGUCUGGGGAUGAGAACUGCGCCUACUUUGAGGUGUCGGCUAAGAAGAACACGAACGUGAACGAGAUGUUCUAUGUGUUGUUCAGCAUGGCCAAGCUGCCGCACGAAAUGAGCCCCGCACUGCACCAUAAGAUCUCUGUGCAGUAUGGUGAGGCCUUCCAUCCCCGACCCUUCUGCAUGCGCCGCAACAAGGUCGCAGGUGCCUAUGGCAUGGUUUCACCCUUUGCCCGCCGUCCCAGUGUCAACAGUGACCUCAAGUACAUCAAAGCCAAGGUCCUACGGGAGGGUCAGGCCCGAGAGAGGGACAAGUGCAGCAUCCAAUGA